AUGAAUAAAUUAAACUCUUCUUUAUGCAAUUUCAAUAAUAAUUGUGAUAUGAAAGUAGAGGUAGCUUUUGAGUCAUCACGAGAAAAAUUUAUAACAUAUUUACCGCACAGCGGAUUGCAUAACCAACGAGUUGCUCUAGAAAACGCAGCAUUUCUGGCGUGGGCAUUAAAUAGAACGCUCAUAUUACCUCCACUUAUCCUCGGUGCGCGUUUCCCUUUUAAAUCAUUCGAUAAACUUGAGAGCAUGUUGAAUUACGUUAGCACAACUAAACAGGAAAAUUGCAUAAGCGUGAAAAGUCAAUUGAACAUAACUAAAUGUGAAACUUUACGUGAUUCUUAUACAUUUUAUAGAUGGGACCAAUUAUUUGAUUUAACUUUUAUAUCAAGGAAUGUUAAAAUAAUUCACAGGGAUGAAUUAAUCUCCAAGAAUUUGUUUUCAAAUUUUAAUAUAUCAAAUGAUGAACAACAAAUUUGGAGAACUUAUGGGAAUGCGUUGAAUAAUUCGUUUUAUGACAAUAGAAUAUUUGGUAACGAUGCAUCUCCAAAAACAGUUUCAAACAAAUUUUCCAUAAUGGAGUUACGUGAGCGCGAUGAAGAUUUACUUUAUUUCAAUUCUUUAUUUGGGAGCAAUCUAAUUAGGCUUGAAAUAUCACGAAAUAUCCAAUUCAUGAAUGAGAUAAGAGAAUCAUUUAUAUUAUCAAACCCAACGUUACUUGGUAUCACGAAGAGAAUUUCUGAUGAAUUAGGAGGACGAUUGAAAUAUCUGAGCGCUCAUGCUAGAAUUGGAGACGGAUCAUACAAAAAAUUCAACCGAAUUAGUAUAGGAUAUUUAAUCAAUGAUAUCUAUGAGUACCUAAAUGAGGAUUCAAAUCUAUCAAAUGGUGCAGAGUGUAAGCAAAAUGAUCCCACGAAAUCCUCUAAAAUAUUCUACCUAGCAUCUGAUGCUACUUCAAAGGAUAUUCAAAAUUUAGAACCAAUAUUUCGAAUGCUUCCUUGCACGUUUAUGCUGAAGGACUUUAAAGAUUUAAUAAUUCCGAUGGAUGAGCUAAUUAACGAAAGAGACGGAUUAAGGAUGACAAAAUUUUUACUUCCGAUUCUGGAUUUGAUGAUAGCUGCUAAUGGGAAUCAUGUUUUUACUAUGAAAAAACUUGGUCAAAGAAGUACAUUCGCCAUAUAUUUGCAAAGAUAUCAUACCUAUUUACAGAGAGAGUUUAGUGAUAAUUAA